UUUAUGUAUAGCAUUAGCGGAAGGUUGAAGCCACUAGGGUUUUACCAAGUGAAAGGACUGUGUACAUUUGUUCAUCAGUAGCUCAGAACUCUUCCGCAUCCCCGAUUGCGAAAAUGGCCUCUGCCAAGUCAAGGCCACAGACUAAGAAAGCUGCUGCUGCAGAAGAUGAGGGCAUGGAUCCAACGCAAUAUUAUGAAAAUAGGCUGAAAGCUCUUGCAGCUCAAAAGGCAGCUGGGAUCAACCCAUACCCUCACAAAUUUGAAUGCAAGCUGACUAUUCCCGAGUAUGUGAAGAAGUAUGAAGGUUUGAAUAGUGGGGAUCACCUUGAAGAUGUUGAAGAAAGAAUAGCAGGUCGGCUUAUGAACAAACGAUCGUCAUCAUCGAAGCUAUUCUUUUACGAUCUACAUGGUGGGGGUGCUAAAGUUCAAGUUAUGGCUGAUGCAAGGAAAUCAGAUUUGGAUGAAGAAGAGUUUACACGGUUUCAUUCUUCAGUGAAGCGGGGAGAUAUUGUUGGGAUAAUUGGAUUCCCAGGUAAAAGUAAAAGGGGAGAGCUGAGUAUAUUUCCAAAAACGUUUAUAGUGCUUUCUCACUGUCUCCACAUGAUGCCCCGUCAAAAGAUUGGUCCAGGGUCGGAUAACGCUAAGACGACUGAUGUCUGGGUCCCAGGAAGUGCCAGGAAUCCUGAGGCUUAUAUAUUGAAAGAUCAGGAAACACGGUAUAGGCAGCGUUAUUUGGAUUUGAUGCUGAAUAUGGAGGUUCGGGAAAUAUUUAAAACCAGGACUAAAAUCAUUUCUUACAUACGACAUUUUCUUGAUGAACGAGAUUUUAUAGAGGUUGAAACUCCAAUGAUGAACAUGAUUGCUGGUGGAGCUGCUGCUCGGCCAUUCGUCACCCACCACAAUGAACUAAAUAUGAGACUUUUCAUGCGAAUUGCACCUGAACUAUAUCUCAAGGAACUGGUUGUUGGUGGUUUGGAACGUGUAUAUGAAAUAGGAAAACAGUUUAGAAACGAGGGAAUUGACCUAACACACAAUCCUGAGUUUACGACUUGUGAGUUCUAUAUGGCGUUUGCUGAUUAUGAUGACCUGAUGAAGCUGACUGAAGAUAUGCUGAGUGGGAUGGUGAAGGAACUUACAGGUGGAUAUAAAAUUAAAUAUCAUGCCAAUGGGUUGGAUAAUGACCCCAUUGAGAUUGACUUUACCCCUCCUUUCAGGCGGAUUGAUAUGAUAGGUGAAUUGGAGAAGUUGGCAAAUUUGAACAUACCCAAGGACCUCUCAAGUGAGGAAGCCAAUAAAUAUCUGGUGGACGCAUGUUUGAAGUUUGAUAUCAAAUGCCCCCCUCCUCUAACAACUGCUAGACUUUUGGACAAACUUGUUGGCCACUUUCUUGAGGAGACAUGCAUAAACCCUACUUUCAUCAUCAACCAUCCGGAGAUCAUGAGUCCAUUGGCGAAGUGGCAUAGGUCGAAGCCAGGCUUAACCGAACGAUUUGAGUUGUUCAUUAACAAGCAUGAAUUCUGCAAUGCAUACACGGAGUUGAAUGAUCCUGUUGUGCAACGCCAGCGCUUCGCUGACCAACUCAAGGACCGACAAUCCGGUGACGAUGAAGCUAUGGCCCUGGAUGAGACAUUCUGUACUGCUCUUGAGUAUGGAUUACCUCCCACUGGUGGUUGGGGGUUGGGUAUUGAUCGAAUCACGAUGUUGUUGACUGAUUCACAGAAUAUAAAGGAAGUUCUGCUUUUUCCAGCAAUGAAGCCCCAAGAUGAACCUACUAACAAAGAAAGCAACAAGAAAACUCAGGAUGGACCUCCCUCUCAAGAGCUCGAAAAGAUUUCGUUGCAGUCAUAAGAAUUCUGAAGCGAACAAAUAGGAGAGAAGACAAAACAGUUCUCAAUUUGGAUUAGGAGCUGAUGCAUUGAAAUUGUGUUCCAACAAUACGGACAAUGUUAUUUAGUUUAUUGCAGCCAGUCUGUUACUCCUGCAUCUUGAAUUUUUAGGCCUUGCAGUGAUUGAAUGGUUUCGAUUAUCAUAUUGUACCUACAAAUAUCAUAUUCACUAGUUGAUUUUGAAAGUUGCUUUCUCAA